CAUCGCCGGAUGUAUCUGGAAAACAAAGCUGCUUAUGAACUGUGGUCUGGCUUCCGUGCCGUAAAGUUUUCAGUUUUAGUUUAGCUACUGUCACUGUUUCUCUGUAGAUACGGCCAGCUGAUGUGCUUUGCCGUACGGGACGAGGAAGAUCAGUGUUCGGCCUGCGUUGUGUAACAGUGUCGGUUACGCCCUAGCGCCAAAUCGCUAUGGAUGCCCUACACCGAACGAGUGCGUGUUUCACACAGACACCAGACCGCCGAGUAACUGACCAGGACAGCAGUGAUUACGAAGAUGAUCUACCAAUUCACGUAGAUUCGGACGAUCAAGAACUGGACGUGGCCAUGGAUUGCCAUGAAAAGGACGAAGAAACAAGCAUGGUUAUGAUUAAAUCCAAUGGUCAAGCAGAAAGUCCGAAACCGGACAGCACCGAGGAAUUGACCCAGCAUCAAGAAUCUGGUGAAUCAAAUAAGCAGAAAUCCCACUUGGUCAAGCCGCCGUACUCAUAUAUUGCCCUCAUCACGAUGGCGAUCUUGCAGUCCCCAGAGAAAAAACUGACCCUCAGCGGUAUCUGUGAGUUCAUCAAAAACAGGUUUCCGUUCUACAGGGAGAAGUACCCCAUGUGGCAGAACAGUAUCCGGCACAAUCUCUCCCUAAACGACUGUUUCAUCAAGAUCCCCCGAGAGCCGGGAAAUCCGGGGAAGGGGAACUACUGGACGCUCGACCCGGCCAGUGAAGACAUGUUCGACAACGGCAGCUUUCUCCGGCGACGGAAGAGGUAUAAGCGUCACCAGCCCGACCCUCUCAAAGACCCAUCUGCUUUCAUUGCCUCGAUGGACCCGUACCGACACCAUCCCGGGUUGUUUCACCAUACCAUAACGCCAGCUUCCCUCACAAGUCCGUAUCCGUACCUCUCCCCUCUGCCAACACCCGUGCCCCUUCUUACUCCGCGGGAUUUUUCGAGAACGCCCCUGCAUCCCAUCAGCCUGAGCUUGCCGCCCAGCCUGGGAGCGUCCUCGUUGCCUCUGCGGCUUCCAACAACUUCGCCCGGUCCAAACACCAACAGUAUGUCCCACAAUGGCAAAUCUAACAAUUUUUCCAUCGAAAGCAUCAUUGGACACAAGCACGACUCUAUCAAAGGGUCGCCGGUAAGGUCAAUGAACAAUGUGUUUAUUCCACGACUGACAGGACCUUGUUACUGCCCCACCACUGGUCUGGACUUAAGUAAAUUCCGACAUCAGCUGUCCUGCGGUAACCCCGUCACUCCUUCACUGACCGCCUGGCCACGGUGACUUGGGCCGUAAGUUAACCCGUUUUUUUCUCAAAACGUUUAGUUUCUGGGCUAGAACUAUGUGGGGUAAGGAGACGUCAUCACUGUAGGUUGAAACUAUAUAGAAGUACUUAUGUCGUUAAUCGUCAAAACACUUACUUCAUUAGUGAAUACGUCAUCGGGCAAGACCACGUGCAGAGACCACGUUUUUCCUGGAUGUUUAAGUUCCUAUAUAUAGGCUAUAACUGAGGCAAGUGGUUUGGAUUUUGUAUAUUAUGCUACGAUUGUAAACAAUAACUCGAUAUCCACAUAUGUGGAGUAUACUCGUCAUCGUGUAUAUAGUGUUUGUGGUAUGGUCAGUUCCCUUACGUGAAACAUUUUUAGUUCAUAGUGUCCAAUAAUGACGUCAUUUUAAAUCAAGCCAUGUAUAGUACAGUAGCUUCCAGUUCUAGUCCCGAUGCUUCAAAAAUCCAACAUCUUUGUUUGGAUGUAUUAUAUGUCAAGCUAACUGUACGAUGGAUUCUUGAAGUUGUGUAAGUCCAAUUAGAACAAACUUUGUAUGUGAAAAUAUGUCAAGUUAUAAAAUGGACAGGUAGUCUGAAAAUGUACAAAUAAAAAAAAUAGUCAUAAAAAUCUCGAAUUCUUUAAACUGAUAAUUUGGUGACUUUACUGUCCAGUAAGUGUUAGUUUGUAAAUAUUCCGAGUCUCUUCAACUUUACUUGUUUCGUUUUUAAAAUAAUUUAAAACAUCUCUGAAAUAGUUCCUUAAUCUCAGAUAACUUUCAAUAUUUCUUAGAAAACUUUGAAUCAUUAACAACGACACCUGGUAGACACAGUAAAAACUCAUGGAGAUAAUUCACGUAACAUUUAUUAAAAUUGUUUUAAAAGUAAAUCCGCUGAUAGCGAUUAAAGAGAUACAUUAGUGUACUUUAAUUCUACUUGUCAAAUUAUUUGGUAGAAAAUUAUUACAGAAUUUAGUAAAUGACGAAACUUUUCAAGAAUGCAUAACUUAAUAUGUUAAUGAUAUAUGAAGCGACAGAUAACGAUUAUCAACUUACACCGUGAUUUAUAAAACAUUCUCUUUGUUGAGAAGUAAAAACCUCCAAGUUUAAUGCUUAAUUGUAAGUUACAUCUUCUGUUAAUCUUCUGAUUGUCGUUGAGACAAUUAUUAUUGCAAUACACGAUUGUUAUAGAAACCAGAUGUUGAUUGUACUUCCGAGAUCAAGGCGAUUUCUUCGCUUUAGUUCGUUAGUUUACGAUGAGAAAAUCGUAAAGAUUGUAAUAUUAGAAGUACACAUGGGUCUAAAGACUGACCACUACAGGUCGGUCACUAGGAAUAAUAAUUACAUGCAUCCGAUGAGUUAGACGUAGAAGAAUAACAAAAUCACUGGUUUAAAUAGACAGAAGCUGUGAAAUAUCAAGAGAAUCCGCCCUAACUUAGCAGUCCUGCUGGUUUUUAUUCUCGUUCCCCAGUGACGCGAAGAUUAAUUAAAGGAUUCGAGGCCAAUAGUUUAGAUGUAGCGCCUAUCCUACCAGCAGGGAGACGAGUUCGGACCAUGCUCGUUCUUUAACGUCUUUCACUCUAUAGGAUUAUCAUGGUUGAGAAACUAUCUAUCAAACACAACACUUUAAGUAUCAUCCCAACGAGACAGGAUCAAACACUAAAUUUUAAGCAUCAUCCCAACAAUACAGCAGUCUUCUUUUUUCUAAAUGGUUUCUAGACUCGGAAUGAAAUGUCUUUUGAAAAAAAUAGGAACUGAAUUUUCAAAAAUAAAGUAUUGUUUGUAAUGGAGAACUGACAGCACGGGUUUCCCGGCAUUUAUCCAUGUGAUUUAUAUAUUUUUCACACAAGACUAACCUAGAAAGAUGGUCUUACUAAAUUAUCCUAAGGUAAGAAAUAACCCUUUUGUAGUAUAUUUACAUGGAUAACCCAUAUAAAGAUAUAAAAUCAACCAUUUCUUAAUGUUACUCUCCGAUUAAUGAGAGAAUUUCCCCCGAUCCAGGACUAAAGAAAACUGUUAGGGGUUUUGUGACGUAAUAUCCAACAAGAUUGUAAUCAAUUUCUCUAUUUAUUACUUUGUUGUAAUGUAAGCUAUUAUGUGUGAUGUCAAAACCUUAAAUAAAAAUCUCUUCCCUGCUA